AUGCGCAUGCGCGGGGACAUGGACGUCCCCGAGCGUUUGCUGCAAUCGAACCGUCUACAGACCGAUGAAGGUGUCCGACUCGCGCUGAGCGAGCUGGGCGCCUUCAUUAAGGGCGGCGGCGCCGUGGAACGAUUCCUUGACGCCGCUGUCAGUGUGUGCAAUUCUCUUCCGUUCGUCAUAUCAGUCGCCUCCAGCGAAUGCAUCGACACGGUCGCUCCAGCCAUCCUUGGCCUCUUCCCAAUCUCCGCCCCUGCCUGGUCCGAAACAUUGCUCGGAUGGCGUAUCUUCCUAGAGCUCUUCCGCACCGCCUAUUUCCUCCCGGUACCCAGAUCCGACAAGCACGAAGUCAUCUUUCGCGAGAUGAACGUUUUGGUCGCCAACGUACCACCGGUGCUGACUUUGCUACCACGACUCGACUGGUCCGACGACAUCAGCACUUUGUCGUCGAGUCUUAGCGGCUCAGACGCUACACCUGAGCCGUGGCAAUUGAACUUCGGUUCCCCGCCGAGACUCACGAAAGGCCAACGCAAGCAAGCGAAGAAAUGGGCACAAGUUGAGCGCCGAGCCGAACAGCAACUAGACAAGUUCGAGGAGGCCCUUGCCGCACUCGGGCAUGAUUUGCCCGUAUCGCAAGAGGAAGCGGAUGUGCUAGCAGCAAUGCUGCUUUUCAAGUGCAGGAACGAGCUCAGGAAACUGAUUCAAUACUUUCGGCGCAAGGACGGAGUACUACGGGAAGCGGUGAAGCGGGCAUAUGUGCCCGUGGCUGAGAACGACUCGACGACGGAACCUGCACAGGUUGCACACACUUCUGUAGAGCCGAUUGGGAGUUUGCAAGGGGGGAGCGAUGAUGACUCGUGUGCGAGUGCCCGACAGUUCUCGCAAGAGGGCUUCGGACCCUGGGCUGUGUACUUGUCCCCAGGCGCUCAAGGCGAUAUCCGCAUGGCGGAGCGCCGUGACGCCAAGAUGCACACUAUCUUCGUCAAGAAGUUGAUGGAACUGUCCAAGGGGUUCUUCUCCUCCGACAAUCAAAAGCACUUCACGGAUCGCAAUACAGCCGUUCCCGUCUUUGAGGCGAAGAUGACACGCGAUACGAGGCUGAUAUACCAAGUCGAUAUCAUGCCAGACUUUGAACGCCGAGUGCUGCGUCAAGCGAUCUAUGUCUUCACCAUACGCAACCACCGUCAGAUUGAUAAGCGGCUGUGGACAUCUGUAUCACAUCAUUGGACGACAGCAAUGGCACGCUUUGGAGACUCAAAGUGGGAGCUGAUGACGCCCCAGUCUCGGGCAUAUGUCAAGCGCUGCACUUAUCGUGCACCAGAAGAAACGACAGGAGAUGUUGUGAUUCGCCCUGGCGAAUGGCCAAUGGCUUUGAACGUGGAGGAUACGAGUCAUCAUGCAAGUUCAGCUCUGCGGGAUGAGGUUUGCAUAGCUGAGGCCCAUCCGACGACAUCACGCCUGAGAUCUACGCCGGAAAGGCGGACGAAAGAGAGGCGCUCUCAUGUGUCUGCAUGA